AUGAGAUUUCGUUCACCUAAUAUUCUUAUACUUAUGGCCGAUCAAUUAACGGCUGGAAUACUUCGUACUUAUGGAAAUCGCGUAUCGAAAACGCCUCACAUUGAUGCUUUAGCAAGUAAUGGCGUAGUCUUCAAUUCAGCAUAUUGUAACAGUCCAUUAUGUGCUCCAUCACGUGCUGUUUUUAUGACUGGUCGACUGCCAUCCACUACAGGCGUGUAUGAUAAUGCGGCGGAAUUUGCUAGUCAAUCGCCAACCUUCGCACACUAUUUGAGGCAUACUGGCUAUCGAACAAUCCUUGCUGGUAAAAUGCAUUUUUGUGGUCCUGAUCAAUUACACGGUUUCGAAGAACGCCUAACAACUGAUAUAUAUCCGGCUGAUUAUGGUUGGACACCGGAUUGGACACGCUUUGAUCAUCGACCAGAAUGGUAUCAUAAUAUGGAUAGUGUCUCACAAGCAGGUCCGUGUGCACGAACAAAUCAACUCGAUUUCGAUGAAGAAGUGGCUGCAGCUGCUCGACAGCGUCUAUUCGAUCUGGCACGUUUACAAAAACAUCAGACGCGACCUUUCUGUUUGGUUGUUUCAUUUACGCAUCCACAUGAUCCAUUCACCAUUCACGAACCCUACUGGAAUCGUUAUACAGACGAUGAAAUUGAUAUGCCACAAGUAUCUCAACCUGCACUGGAUGCACAUUCUCAACGUAUACGACAUGUUAUAGGAAUGAAUAUGCAACCAGUAACCACGGCGCAAAUACACGCAGCUCGACGAGCGUAUUAUGGCGCAGUAUCCUAUAUUGAUGAUCAACUUGGUGCACUGCAACAAACGUUAAACGAUACGAAAUUAGCUGAUAAUACUAUUAUUAUACUUCUUUCAGACCACGGUGAGAUGCUUGGUGAACAUGGAUUAUGGUAUAAGAUGAACUUUUUUGAAGGAGCUUCGCGUAUACCGAUGAUCGUCCAUUGUCCUCAAUAUUUUCGUCCUCGCCGUGUGCAACAACCCGUGUCAUUAGCAGAUGUUCUUCCUACCUUGGUAGAACUAGCUGGCAAUGGACAACAAACAACGGAGUAUAUUACACCAAUUGAUGGUCAUAGUUUAUUAUCUCAUCUGUCGGGAACAAAUGAUGAUUCAAAUAAUGAAACAGCAGUAAAAUGCGAAUACUUAGCUGAAGGUGCUAUCGCACCAAUCGUUAUGCUUCGUCGUAAUCGUUUCAAAUUUAUUCAUUCACCCGUUGAUGCUGAUCAAUUAUUUGACCUUGAAAAUGAUCCCAAUGAAACGCACAAUAUUGCUGAUGAACAAAAUGAUCUUGUAUCUGACUUUCGUUCAGAAAUCUAUCAUCAUUGGGGUGAUUUACAACUGUUACAUGAACAAGUUCUUGCCAGUCAACGCCGACGAAGAUUUGUGGCCAAAGCUCUUGCAAUAGGUACUCAUAACGCAUGGGAUUGGCAACCAGUACGAGAUGCACGUAACAUGUACAUUCGUAGCCAUAUGGCACUGGACGAUAUUGAAGCUAUGGCACGUUUUCCUCCUGUACCCAAGUCAACUAACUAA